AUGCUGCAGCAAGACCAGGAGCACAGAGGCAUCAUGGUGACCAUGCAGCUGCUCCUGCUGACUGUGGCUCUGACCCUGCCCUCUGUGGAGCAAUCAUCCUACAGGAAUUUUCGACAUAAGGCCACUAUUGAUGAGCUUCUAGGAAAGUGGUACAUAGUUGCCUGGGCAGGGAACAUGCCUAUUCCUGAAAAGAGGAAGUUGAGCCCACUGCCACCCUUCACAUUCGUCAGGAACAUUAUUGACAAGUUGGAGUUCAGGAUGAACAUCUCAAAACCCAUCGGGUGUAUUGAGUUCAAGAUAUAUAUGGAUGAAGAUAAAUCUAAUCGUGGUUUUUUCCAUAUCUGGCCAGAACACAUCAUCAGAUUUGAAUUUAUGCAUGGGAAGGACUUCGCUGUUGCCGUUUAUGUUAACGAACCGAAGUACUACAUUAUGACAAUGCUCAUGGGUCGCAACAGGACUCCAAAGAGAAUAAUACUAUCAGAGUUUGAGGAAUUUGUGGUAAAUUUAGGGCUGAAACGAACAGACAUCAUCCGCCCUAAAUAUGAUGGUAUCCGCACCCGGCUCCCGGCCAUCCCGCCAUCUGCCUCCAGCUGCCGCCAGCCAAGGUCGCCAGCAGGCCCUGCUUUGGAGCUGUACCAGCGCCGCCUGCUGGUUGAAAAGCGCUACUACACCCCCCCAUACCACAGAAAGAAAUGUGUAUCCCUGAAGAUCACAAUAGUAAGUGACUCCCUGUAA